GCCUGCAAUCUCAGCUCAAUCUCCACCGAUCUUUUCCUCUCAGCUCCCCUCAGCCUCUCACGUCUCCAUCCCCCCACGACCAUGAAAGUUCACGAUAUUUCUUUUCUUUCUUGGGCUAGAUUUUUUGUGACCGCUUGUCUCUGGGCAUCUUUGCUAUUCUUAGCAAACUUUACCCCGUUGCCGAGCAUAUCUUGUAGUAAAUCCCUCAAGGCAAUGAACUUUAUCCGUUUGCCUGUUCCGGGCAUUCUUUGAUUUCUUUCGUUCAGUUGCUCCUGAUCUUGGUAUGGCCCUCGUUGAGGCAUUUCAUCUAACACUGGAGAGGCCAACUAUGUUGGGUUUGGUUUCGGUUCUGCUCCCUGUUUGGGUCGCUUUUCUCGCUGGGGUUGCCAUUGGAUGGCUAUGGAAGCCUAAGCUGUGGGCGAAACCCAGAAAAGUUCGCUGCGUAUUGAAGAAUCCCGAUACCUCGCCGUCACCUUUGCCUUCAUCUCCGCGUCCACGAACCCCUGCAUCCCCGUUAAAGAGUUAUGGCUCGGCUCCUUGCUUGAAUUCUUUUAACGUGCUCGGUCCGAGUUCCGAGUCCCAACUUCUCAAUGGCGGUGCCAACAAGAAACCACCACCAAACGCAUCUGAAGAGUUCAGUGUCUCGGAGUCUAAGGAAAAGCCGACUUUGUUGACUGAGGAGGACUUGAAGAAACUACGCGACCUUGUUGAAAUGAAGGAUGGAGGUCCCCCUUGGAUCCAUAUGCUCGAUCGUUCGACCACAACUAUGAGCUAUCAUGCAUCCAGAAGAGAUCCCGAGACUGGCCCUCCACAGUACCGAACCCGAACUGUGUUCGAGGAUGCAACGCCUGAAAUGGUGAGGGAUUUCUUCUGGGACGACGAUUUUAGACCAAAGUGGGACAAUAAGCUCGCCUAUUCAUCGACUAUAGAGGAGUGUCUGACUACGGGAAACAUGGUAGUCCACUGGAUACGGAAGUUUCCCUUCUUCUGUAGUGACAGGGAAUACAUAAUAGGCCGUCGGAUAUGGGAAUCGGGCCGGUCAUAUUAUUGUGUGACAAAGGGUGUCUCUGCUCCUAUUCCAAGGCAGGACGAACCGAAACGAGUCGAUUUGUAUUUCUCAAGUUGGUUCAUUCGAGCAGUUGAAUCUGGGAAGAACGAUGGGCAGCUUACAGCAUGCGAAGUCCUGCUAUUCCAUUAUGAAGACAUGGGCAUCCCUUAUGAGAUUGCCAAGCUUGGAGUAAGGCAGGGGAUGUGGGGAGUCGUUAAGAAGAUUGAGCCAAGCUUGAGGGCCUAUCAGAAGGCGAGGUUCUUAGGAGAACCGAUUUCCCGACCAGCUUACAUGGCCCAUAUCAACACCAAAGUAAAUCCCGAGCUUGUGCAGGCCAUCAAGGUGGCCCCUGAUUCAACAGAAACCGAUAAAACAGCCAUUGCUAGUAAACCGGCAGUUGGUAUUUUCCCAAAGGUUCUGCUAGUUGGGGGAGCAAUUGUGCUAGCCUGUAGUCUCAACCGUGGGCUGUUGAGUAAAGCCGUGAUUGUUAGUGCCGCAGGAAGGUUAGCAGAUAUGAGGAAGAAGAUGACACGGACCAGAACCGAUGAGGAUCUGGUGAACGCAUAAAAUUUUGUUUAUCUAUUUGGAGAAAAGACCUAGAAAAUAUCUUCUAUGGAUGAUAUCGAGGUAGUGACUUUCAUGAGUUUGGAAAGGUUAUCUCGAAAUGUAUAGCCAUGUAAUAUUGGAAUUAUAGACACCAAAGCAAUAUUAAAUACCAUAUUCAUUGCAA